GCCCAGUUCCACCGGGUGGCGUCAUCUUUCGUCAACCAGGAAGUAAAGGCAGUGUCUGUUAAAGGUGUGGGUGUGCAGGCUUUGCCGGAGACUACACUCCUCAAACUGUGUAUUCAACACUAUAAACCAGAGCCAUGUCUCCUGAUGAGCUGGUUUACUUGGGAAUUCUUGCUGCCUCCAUCCCUGCUGGAUUCCUCUUCCGUUACCUCAGUCCACCUGUGAAGCAGGGGGCAGCUCUUCUCCUGGGUCUCUCCAUCACCAUCGCCACCUGUCACAUCCACACACUCCACUCUCUGGUGACGGUGAUUGGAACAUGGAUUAUUAUAAAGAGCAGCUGGCGGCAUGCCCCAGCAGUGAGCCUCAGCUGGACCUUUCUCUACCUCCUCUUCUUCCGGCUGGUCACCUGGUUCGGUCUGCCUCCACCGACACCGUUUGCCAACGCCGUCCAGCUACUUCUCACUCUUAAGAUGGUGAGUCUGGCCAACGAGGUGCACAGUUUCCACACGGAAAAGAAAAAGGAAGUGAGCUCUUUUGGCAAGUCUCCUGUCAUUGGUGGUCUGUCUAAGGAGCCGUCGCUCUAUGAUGCUCUGUCCUAUAGCUACUGUUAUGUCGGUAUAAUGACCGGCCCUUUCUUUCGCUUCCAAACGUACGUCGACUGGCUGAUGCAGCCGACCCCGCUGGCCCUGCCCGGCUUGACACCGUGUCUGCAGCGUUUGAAGCUGGUUCCCGUCUAUGGCGCUCUGUUCCUGGCCGUCAACUCUGUCUUCCCUCUGGCUUACGUUCGCACAGACGAGUUCCUGGAUCAGAACUUUUUCUUCAGGUUUUUCUACAUGAUAGCAGUAUUUUUCGUGUUCAGGAUGCGUUUCUAUGCAGCGUGGUGUGGAGCUGAGGCUGGUUGUAUCAGUGCAGGUCUGGGCUGCUAUCCAGAAAAGGCGCUGUCCAAACCUGGAGGAGGACCCACUGUCAACUACAGUCCUGAUCCCACAGCUGAAGAGAAAUAUGACUUCAGGACCAUCCAGAACAUUGACUGCUACAACACUGACUUCUGUGUGAAGGUCCGACACGGCAUGCGUUACUGGAACAUGACCGUGCAGUGGUGGCUGCAUCACUAUAUCUACCCCAACGCCCCCUUCAGAGCCUACACUCUCAGGGCUGGCUGGACUAUGUUCAUCAGCGCCUACUGGCAUGGACUACACGCUGGCUACUACCUCUCCUUCCUCACCAUCCCCCUGUGCAUCGCAGCCGAGUCUGCCAUGGAGGCCUCUGUCCGAGCCAAACUGGGUCCCCGCGGGCAGAACAUCUUCGACUGGGUUCACUGGUUCUUGAAGAUGAGGGCCUACGACUACAUGUGCAUGGGCUUUGUGCUGCUGAAGGCUUCCGACACCAUCUACUACUGGAUGUCCAUCUACUUCAUCAUGCACAUCAUCGCUGUCUGCUGCAUAGUCGUGGGCAGGGUGCUGAAGGGAGGGAAAAGGGAAGGGAGGAGAGGGGACAGGGAGGAGAAGAGAGAGGGAGAGAAGGUAGAGAAUGUGAACGACAAAGCCAGAGAAAAAACAGACUGAACGGAGGUAAAGAAAGGAACUGGUUGGAUAAUUUUUUGGACAUGAGGAGGAGGAGUUACUUCAAGACUGGAAUUUACUGCAUUAUUUACACCAUCUUUCUAGCAAACAAACACCACACACCAGUCCAAUAAGAUUUCCUGUGAGAAAAGUUCAACUCGAUUUUUAUUAAGAAUACAGUAACUCCUGGUAAAACAUCACCACCGGAGACAUGUCAUAUGUGUAUGUGUACAUAAAAGUACUGUGAACACUGGGAGAGGAAUGUUUGAGCUCAAUGAAUGUUACUUUUGUAUUGUGAGUGGCAACUUGGGCAUCUGCCUGUACUGUGUGCAUGAUUUUAUUUCAAGACACCAAUACUCAGUUUUAGGUUUUGGUCAAAUUGAGGUCAGUGAUGUGUUAAGAUGCUGUUUUAAAGACAGUUAGCAGAGCGACAGUAACCUGCUCAGAGUGAUCCUAAAAAUAGUUUCUAUGACCAACACAAAACAUUCCAGCAGUACUUGUGUUAUGUUACAGUAUGUUUAUACUGGAGUAAAGAAUGAAUAGAGUGUGAUGUUAUCACAGUAUCAUCAUUAAGGCUCAGCUGGUGUGGCCCAUCUGUUAAUACCAGUCCCACUGUGAGUGUAAGUUUUCCAAUUUAUACAUUUUAUAGUGCAAAAUAAUUUUUGCUGCCGUUUGACUUCUUAAAUCAGCACCUUGACUGUCUUUGACUACAGCAAACAGUCUCAACAACAUUUCUCUGAGAGUUAAAUACAGAAAAAUUGAAAUGUAAAACAAACUGUCACUUUUACGAAGCAGAAAUACGAGCCUCAUGAUGCACAGUGAAAUUAAACUGGUUUAGGUUUGAAGUAGCAAAGAAAGGUUCAGAUUACAUCAACACUGCUUCUUAUUACUUCUUAAUAACUCAAAGCAUUCUGAGCAUUAUAAUGUUCCCUAUUUUACUGUGUGAAAUUUUUUACCCCCUUGAUCCAGAGAAUCCAAAAUGUUUCUCUGUUUGGAUGUUUUUUCCUCACUGUUGUUCUGCCUGUAACUGUUAACAACUCAGAUCAUAUCAGGAACAUUACGCACUCACAUCUCUAUAGCUGUGUUGUUUCCAGUGAAGUGUGUGCCAUGUGAAAAAUCGCAUCAGUUUGUUCACUGCCAAAUUGUUCGUACUGCCAUCAUGGACCAUUCAGGGUUGGGACCAAACAUUUGAUACAAAAAGUGGCAAGUUUAACAUUAUAACUACAAGCUGCCAAUGUGUGUCAUGAAUAACAGCACAGUUAGGGCUGGACGGUUAUUUUCAGUAUUGAUAUAUUGUAUGUCACAGUAUGAAAAGCAAAAAUCAUGUGUAAGAUAAUCAAAUUAAUGUUCAAAGCAACAAACUGUCAGAGUUAUGUUUUACAUGUGACUGAAAAAGUUAUUGUGACAAAUUGGAUAAAUGAUAAUACUGAAUCAUUGCUCAGUCCUAAGCAGAGUGAACUGUGUACAGUUGGAGAACAUGUCGAGGGAUCUCUCAUUCAAGCUGUGUGAUAACUCUACCGAAUGUCUGUUUUAUAUGAGCGUGACUGACAGCAGCAGAAACACCUUUUCUCCUAGUGUGUUUUGUUAACUAAACCUUACUUGGAACUGUGAUAAUUUGAAUUACAAAUUAAUUUUAUGUCAUGCCGCUACCCUUUGCUCUCUCUGUGCCAAACCACAACCCUUACAGAAAUGGUUCCCUUUAUUUUUACUAUUACAUCACAGUGAUAGUUGUGGAUUAUAAUGGUCCCUCACUUCAUCUCCAGACUAUUUAUUUUUUGCCUCUUGUCUAUUUUCUUUGCUCGUAUUUGUCUUCACAAACUGUAACACUCCCUGCUUUGUAACAGUGUUACAUGUGGAAUACAUAUCAGCAUUUCCUCACCAA